CCGCCGCCGCCACCGCCGUGACGUCAUCCGCCUCGCUUGGGGCCCCACAGGGAUAUUUGGCCGAUAGACAAAGGGCGCUAACGAAGGCGGCGGCUUGUGGCCUGGACUCGCCGUGCGUGAGGAGAUGAGCACGGAGGUGGCUUCCCUGAGACCCGCGCGGCGGAGCAAGUGGGACGAGGCGGGUACCAGCGAUGAGCGGGUGCCGUGUGCUCUGGAGGCUGCCGCCGCUGCCGCGGCGCGCAUCAACAGCAUGCUGAUGGCCAGGGGGAAGCUCAAGGCGCCCGCCAACGUGAGCGUGAAGACCGGCAACGACACGCAGGUUAUUCCCGGAAUGGCGAAGUCGUCCCAUGAGAAGGUGCAGGUCAACCUGGACAUCAACGACAUUCCUGCCGCCAGUCGCAACAAGAUCACCCUCGUGCAAGUGCAGGAGGAGAUAAGUAAGCAGACUGGCACAGUGGUGUCAACCAGAGGACGCUACAUGACUCCGGAGGAAAAGGCAGUGGCUUCUCCCGACGACCAGCCACUUCACCUUCAUAUCAAGGGGAGCGGCGCGGAUAGCGUGAGCUUGGCCGUCCGGAUGAUCAACGAUAAGAUCGACGCGUGGGUGCGCGGGAACGGCCUGUACGAGCGCGUGUCCCUGUCCGACCCCGGCGUCGCCGGCGUCGCCGGCGUCGCCGGCGCAGCCUCCCAACUGCCCCCGUGCGGCUUUGCGGCCGAAGCUGCGCCCACGUACCCGCCGGCCGCGGCGAUGACGUCGGGGGCGACGUCCGGGAUGCUGUACCCGCCGCCGCCGCCGCCGCCGGCGCCGCUGCCGACCGUCGGCUUUGCCCCGCCCGCCGCGGCUAACUCGCCGGCGCCUGCCUACCAUCCGGCGCCUGCCUACCACCAGCCGCCGAUGCCAGUGGCGCCGCAGGCGACGCCGGUUGCGUACUCCCACCCGACCGGGAAUGCGUUCGCCCCGCCGGCGAGUUACUCGGCAGCGCCGUCCGGCUUCCGCGUGUCCGCACCGCUCGCUCAGCUGCAGCCCGGGAUGCACUACGUGCAGGAGAAGGUGUUUGUGGGCCUGGAGCACGCCGAUCCCGCCUUUGGCCUCAAGGCCUCGCUGGAGGGCCCCGGCGGCUCCUACCUACAGCACAUCGUGCGCGAGACCGGCGCCAAGGUUCACCUGCGAGGCCGCAGCUCGGGGUACAUGGAGCACGCGUCCGGACGUGAGGCCUUCGAGCCGCUCUACAUUUACAUCAGCCACCCGAGACCAGAGAAACUGGCUUUGGCGAGAAAACUCUGCGAGGAUUUGCUCCAGACGGUUCAUGACAAAUACAGCGCUUACCAGAACUCGAUGAGCGGUCAGGCAGGCUACUCGCAGAUGAACAGCUACGGCAGGAUGUCCAUGUACCGCCCUGCCAUGCAAGCACAGCCGGUUGGAACGGCGUGGCAGGGCCCUGACGGCGUGCCGCCGCCGCCGCAGCCGCAGCCUUCGGCGAAUGCGCAAGGACUGGCGUACGCACAGUACCCCGCUCCAGCCUCCAUGUACCAGCCGCCCGUGCAGCAGCAGCAACAGCCGCAGCAGCAGCAGCAACAGCAGCAGCAGCCAGCUGCGAUGGUGGCGGCUAGCAAGCGGCGCUUUGUCGAAGAGCUUGACAAGGCCGACCCGUCCAGGCUGCUAGGAUACCAGCAUGGCCCCAUUCACUUAUCUCACUCGAGUGCAGGCUCCUCGCAGAGUGCAGCCGGCACGGCCGCCUCAAGCCACCCCACUCGCAGCGGAGAUACCGACGCACCCUCUGGUGACAGCGAGCUGAUGCCGCCGCCGCCGCCGCCGCCGCCGCCGCUGUCGGCGACGUUCUUCGUGAGCCGCGGCGGGGACCGGGACAGGGGCAGGAUGCCGCCAUCGACACCCUCGGCCCCCUCGACUGCGCCCGCAGAAGGGUACAGCUCGGGUCCGCCAAAGAAGACGAUGAAGGCUGACGAGAGACUCAAGUAUUUAAUUCAGUACGGAGACUCCUCCGACGAAGAGGAAGGGAAAGGUCCCAACUAGAGUCGGCGUGGCUGGUCGGGGGGGGGGGAGGCACCACCACCCCCUCCCGAUCACGGGGGGGGGGGGGGGCCACUCCGGAGGAGGAGCGGAGACGCACCCCUACAAUUGCUCCACGGGAGUCGUCCUUGAACGCGGGCGCGACUUUGAACAAACGGAACUCCCCCGGAAAUUAGUACGUCCCGGGGAAGCGUGAGAGACCACAGGGCGGACGCCGGGCACAAUGCGGCGUCGGUGGUGCGUGGCGGUGGCCGGGUUACGACGGGGCCAGGCGCUUGCCCGUCGAGCCGCUUUGCCGCAGGGGUUCGCGGCUCCAGCCCUGCGGCCUGCCCCGGUUAAUGCCGCGGUGAGCGUGAGUGCACGUGCACGUGCGCGCGUGCGUGUGUGUGUGUGUGUGUGGGGAGCGGUAGCGCAACGGUUGGAGCGCGCUGCGCUGCGAACCCGGCGGGCCGAGUUUUGAUUCCCGCUCGCGGCCGACGCCAACGGUGGCAAUCGCCUGAACCGGUCCCUGGGCCUCCCCUAAGUCGACUCGGCCUGAAAUUAGUACCUGGCACGGUGCGAAACAUCGCCGCCGGGGGAGACGGAGGCUGCCUGGCAUGGUUUUGGCCACCGCCCGCCCCCCCCCCUCGUGUGCAGUGCCGACAUUCACAGAUGCUACUCGCUUACAGCACUUGCCCCACACAGCAGUCGGUUGAGGCUAUACGGGGGGGGGUCUUUGUGUUAACCGGAAGAACGCUGUGGGCUCUGUCUGGGGGGGGGGGGGG